UUCGAGUUUAUAUGAUUUUUAUUACCUAAAUUCAACAAGACGUUUUGUUGUGGAAAGAAUACGACAAUAUACCUUGUUCAACGCAUAUGGUUUACAAUUUUUUUUAUCGUGACCGUGAUUUUAUAAACAUUUUGGAAAAUCCGGUAGCGAUUAUUAUUUAGGGAUUUACGAUACGCAUAUUUGGUGACGUUGUGUAAUGACAUUUGAUAUUUAGGUGAAAGUUCAAGUUCUAACUCAUCCUGAACAUUUUACUGUGAGUUUUAUAAAAAUUACAAAAAGACCACAUAUUGACCCUGCUGCGACGUCCGUAAAAAUUAAUCAACGUACCAACAUUAUAACACAAAUACAUAACCGUCGUGUUGGUCUUAAAUUUUACAAUCAUUUGAUAAACAGAAAUGAGCGGAAAACACGUCUCGUAUCACAUUUAUUAAAUCCUCCGAAAGUUCAAAACGUCAUGAUCAAGUGAAUAUAAGCGCUUUAUAUUUAUUAGAAGAUAAGUGAAAGAUGCGGUUUUAUUUGUGUGGUUUGUGCGUUGCCUUCAGUGGUUUAAUUAUUUCGGUCUCUUGCACAUUAACAAAACGCAGCUUCCUAUACGAAAAUGCACCAUGCCAAAACCAGAAUGAACCAGGAACCUGUACACAAUUCCUUAAGUGUGACCCAGCAAAAAAAUUUGUGAAGUUAUACAAGACACACAAUUUCACACGGUGCGGAUUCGCUGGCAUUAGCGAAUUAAUAUGUUGUCCUGUGACAACUCCACUACGUUUGAAUAACUUGACAAGAAAAUGUGAAGAUGCCUGCGAGGCAUACACACAAACUUAUUCCAAUGUCGUAUUUCCUCACAUCGUAGGAGGUCAAAAUGCAAAAGUGGGACAGUUUCCAUAUAUGGCCGCGUUAGGCUUCUACAGCGAAAUUAACAGCAAUUACAAUUUUAGAUGUGGAGGUACCCUUAUUUCAGAUAAAUAUGUAGUAACUGCAGCACACUGUUUGUGGAAUCUGGAGGAAGAAGAAGUUAAAAUUGUUAGGUUAGGGGCUACUUCUGUACCUGCAUUAGUCGACAAAAUAGACGAAAAACUCGACUAUAAAGUGAAAAACUACACCAUUCAUCCAGGGUACCGUCGACGUAGUAAUAUCCAUGAUAUCGCUUUAAUUGAAGUGGUUAAUUCUAUAGAAUUGAGAGACGAUUUGAGGCCAGCUUGUCUUUUUACUAACGGUAGCAACUACCCCCAAGAAUUCACUAUUGCUGGUUGGGGAAUCGUGGAUGACAAUUAUACAAGAACAAAUAACUUACAAGUAGCUUUUGUGAACCUUGAAAUUUUUGACAACUGUGUAGACAAAUAUGCUAGAGCUAGGAAGCAACUGGAAGAAUCGCAAAUGUGUGCUAGCAGCAUCAAGAGUGACAUCUGUCGAGGUGAUUCGGGAGGUCCUUUACUUAUGAAAAAUUCAGACAUACCUGUCUUAGUAGGUAUUUCUUCGUUUGGACUCCCAGGCUGCAGCGGUGGUAACCCUUCUGUGUAUACUAGUAUUUCCCAGCAUUUAGACUGGAUAGAAAAAAUUGUUUGGCCAUAAAUUUAAUCAUUACAUUUGUAAAGAUCAUAAUGUAAUUCCGUCAGUUUAUUUAAU